CUUUUGGCUUCUUAGUGGAUGGGUUUAUUUCAGAAAAAAUUUGCAGAAAAUAGCCAUGGAAGAUUUCUAUAUUGAAUAGUACAAUUAGUCAGAAUCAACAAGUCGUGUUAGUUUCGCUGUUAUGUGCUAUACAGCGACAAUUUAAUAACGAAUUCCGUAGCUACUUUUAAUUUCGUCUACUAUAUUAAUAACCAGCACAUAGCAAGAUUAAACCUCAACCGGAUUAUAAUUUCCAAAAAAAAACUAAAAGAUUAAGAAUGGCACUUCCUCACGUACUCGUUUUCCCGUUGCCUCUACAAGGUCCGGUGAACUGCAUGCUAAAACUGGCAGAACUUUUGUGCCUUCACCAGGAAAUUCAUGUCACUUUCCUCAACACUGAACAUAUCCAGCAACGCCUGCUGAAUUGCACAGAUGUCCAAAUCCGUUUUGAAAAAUAUCCAAACUUCAAAUUCGUGACCGUUCCAGAUGGACUUCCAGAAGAUAAUCCAAGAAUUGGAGACCAAAUAAGGAAGAUUAUUGAAGGUAUAGAAGAGGUGAGCAGCCCACUAUUCAGAGAGAUGGUGAUAGCAGCUUGUGGUCCAACUUGUCUCAUAGUUGAUGGUAUUUUUACUUUUGCUGUUGAUAUAGCAAAAGAGGCUAGAAUCCCACUUCUUUAUUUUGACACUAUAAGUCCUUGUAGUCUCUGGACUUACUUGGCUGUUCCCAAACUCAUUGAAGCUGGCGAAAUUCCUUUCAAAGGAAAUGACUUGGAUGCAUUAGUAAAUAGUGUGCCAGGAAUGGAAGGUGUCCUGAGGCGCCGAGACCUUCCCAGUUUCUGCCGAGCACCUGACCUUGAUUCCCCCAUUAUCCAACAUGUAAUCAAGGAAGGAAAACAUAUUGUUCAAGCCCAAGGUGUAAUAUUCAACACAUUUGAAGGCCUUGAAGGGCCCAUUCUCUCACAAUUCCGAGCAAUGAUUCCAAACAUCUAUGCCAUUGGGCCUCUUCACAUUCAAAUCAAGUCAAAAUUAGCUAAUUCCCAGUGUUUGCCAAAGACAACAAUGUCCAACAGCCUCUGGAAAGAGGAUAUGAGUUGUAUGGAUUGGCUGGACAAGCAUCCACAGAAAUCAGUUUUAUUUGUCAGCAUUGGAAGCCUUGCGACCAUGAGCAAGGCCCAUUUCUUGGAAUUUUGGUAUGGUCUUGUGAACAGUAUGACGCCGUUCUUGUGGGUCCAGAGGCCUGGUUCAAUUAUUGGACUUGAAGAGGACAACAUUAACAAUGUUCCCAAGGAGUUGUCUGAAAGUACAAAGGAGAGGGGUUGUAUUGUCAGUUGGGCACCACAAGAAGAGGUUCUAGCUCACUCGUCAAUUGGCGGGUUCUUAACCCAUAGCGGGUGGAAUUCAACUUUGGAAAGUAUAGUAGAGGGAGUGCCAAUGAUUUGUUGGCCCUAUUUUGUUGAUCAACACGUAAAUAGUAGGUAUGUUGGGGAGGUGUGGAAGCUUGGUCUAGACAUGAAAGAUAUAUGCGAUAGAGCCACAGUUGAGAGGAUGGUGAGACAAGUGAUGGAGGUGAAUAAAAUUAAAUUCUUGGAAAGGGCUAAACAGAUGAGCGAUUUGGCAAUAGCAAGUGUUGCUGAAAGUGGAUCUUCCUACCAAGAUUUGGACCGUUUGAUUGAGGAUAUUAGGUUGAUGAGGAUAUAACAACGACCUCACAAUAUUGUAAUUUAAUUUAUGUGAUGUAAUUUCAUUUGACAUUAAUAAUUUAAAGAAAAGAAUUAAAGACUUUUGAAA